AUGGCUUCACCCACCGAUACCAAACCAAUGCCAGAUGCUAUGAGGACCCCUUCCAUGGCCCAGGAUGGCGAGUCCAAGAUCGUCGGCCACACUAUCGGUGGCGACAUCGCAGCCGGCCUUGCGGAGCGUUUUGCCAACGAGCCUCCCUAUGGCCGCAAGGAAGAGGUCAGACUCCGCUGGAAGAUUGACCUGAGGCUUGUGCCUCUCCUAUGGCUGAAUAUAACACUGCCGGCUAUGGACAAGAUCACCCCAUCAACUGGAGCCCUGUAUGGUUUGCGGCAGGACCUUAACCUAAAGGGAGACCAGUAUGCUUGGGUCGGCUCAGCCUUCUACUUUGGCUACCUUCUCUGGUGCUUCCCGUCGUCCCAGAUCCUACAGCGGCUUCCUAUCGCAAAGUCCAUGUUUGCUGUCAUCGUCAUCUGGGGAUUCGUUCUCAUUGGCGCAGGCUUCACCCACAGCUUUGCUGCCAUGGUAGCGACUCGCGUUCUACUCGGAGCUCUCGAGGCUCCCGUCGCGCCCGGAAACUUCAUCAUCAUGACCAUGUGGUAUACUCGGGCGGAACAGCCCGUCCGGGCAGGUCUCUUCUACACGGGCAAGUGCCUAGGCCUUGCCACCAUUAUCACCGGCGUGUUGGGUUGGUCCGUUGGUUUUAUCGGAGACGGCCAUGCUUGGCGGGCCUUCUUCUGGAUCACGGGCGCCAUCUCGGUCCUGUACGGAGUCGUCGUCGGGAUCUUUAUGCCCGACAACCCUGUCAAAGCCAAGUUCAUCACGGACAGAGAGCGCUUCGUUGCCAUUGAGCGCAUGCGGGCUGACCAGCUGGGAAUUGAGAACAAGAACUUUGUCAGAUCUCAGCUCUGGGAAGUGUUCAAGGACCCAAAGACCUAUCUCAUGUUCUUCUUCAACAUCUUCGUCUCGAUCCCGAACGGUGGUCUGACCAACUUCUCGCCACUCAUCAUCAAUGGUCUUGGCUACUCGCCACAGAGGUCCACGUUGCUCAUGAUGCCGACCGGAGUCAUCCAGACUCUCAGCAGUUACAUCUGCAACUUUGGCGUUUACUUCUGUGUCCGUCGGUGCCCAUCACUUCAACUUCGAGGGGCCUUCGUGAUUGGUGGCCUGAUCAUUGGUAUGAUCGCCACUGUUCUUCUGUACACUCUGCCUGUCGAUGACUAUACCGGCAGGCUCUGGGCCCUCUACUGGUCGUACUUCUACCUCGGUCCAUAUAUCGGUGAGUUGUAUCUGCUAUCAUUUUCACAUAGUCUUCCUAGGCUUACAUUCCCGAAAGUUGCACUUGGUAUCAAUAGUGCGAACACUGCCGGCCAUACCAAAAAGGUCACCACCAAUGCCAUCGUAUUUGCUGCUUACUGUGUCAGCAACAUCAUCGGCCCCCAAUUCUUCAAGGCCGCCCAAGCGCCACUGUAUCCUCUUGGCAUGGGAGCGAUGCUUGUUUCAUACGCACUGAGCAUCUUCACGAUGAUUCUGUAUAUGCUGUAUUGCUGGAACGAGAACAGGCGGCGCAACAAGAGGGACGACACCGCCGGGCAGAGAGAGCAUCUGGACACGGACUUUCGGGAUCUGACUGACAAGGAGAACAUUCACUUCAGAUACGUCUGGUAA